AUGGUGCAUCCCCGCAUGCGCACCAGUGGUGCGUUGGAUACAUACUCUUACAUCGAUGCGACGAAUGCUCUUGGGAGAGAGUACCCUGAUAUUCAGUUGUCAGACAUAAUUGCUGUUGACAGCAAGAUUAAAGAUUUGGCGAUUACAGCCUCCGAGCGCGGUGUGGUCGUCCUGCGUCGCCAGGACAUUGAAGUACACCAACUCAAAUACCUUAUACAACGAAUGGGAGAAUUGACAGGAAAGCCUAAAGAAGGGAAGCUGCAUGUUACCCCGAUACACCCGGACGUCAAUUUGUGUCUGGGCGACGACCCAGUCUUCUCUGACCCUGAAGUUUACGUCGUGUCCUCUGAACAUAAUCGCGACAAAUUCGACGACUAUCUGAACACAAAGCAGAAGCAGUUUGCCAGCCGGGGUUGGCAUGCGGAUACUUCAUACGAGAAUAUCCCAUCGGACUAUAUUGCAAUGAAAAUGGUGAAGACUCCAAGAACCGGAGGUGAUACCCUUUUUGGCUCCUGUUAUGGAGCGUAUGACCGAUUGUCAGAGCCGUGGCAGAGAAUGGCUGAUUCCUUAUCUUUUGUCACAAAUCCAGUUACUGGAUGGAAAGCACUAUGGGGUUUUAGUCCAAUUUCGAUGCGCGCCAACGGAAAGAUCAAUGAAGUUACCGACUAUGAACAUGAGCUGAUGAAGGCAUACUUCUUGAAGCUUAUCACAGACAAUCAUGAUUUACAGUACCGCCAUCGGUGGGAGACUGAUGAUGUUGUCAUUUGGGAUAAUCGGACUGUCCUCCACGCUGGCACCUAG